UAUUGCGGAGGCGCUCUCGAGCUUCUCCCCCUCUCUCUUUCGCUCUCUCUGAGUGUGAACCGCUGCUAGACCCGGUCUGGUUGAACAUGGCUGGAUAUUUGAAAGUGCUCAGCUCCAUCUCCAGGUCCGCCGGCGCCGCGUUCUCCAGAAGCCCCGCGGUGCUCGCCCCGGCUGCUACACAGACCUUGCAACAAAGAAACUAUGCCGACAAACGGAUCAAAGUGGCCCAGCCGGUGGUGGAGAUGGACGGAGACGAGAUGACCAGGAUCAUCUGGGAGUUCAUCAAGGAGAAGCUCAUCUUGACCAAUGUGGAUGUCGAGCUCAAGUAUUAUGACCUGGGUCUGCCGUACCGCGACCAGACUGAUGACCAGGUCACCAUCGACUCUGCGCUGGCCACCAAGAAGUACAACGUGGCGGUGAAGUGUGCGACCAUCACGCCCGACGAGGCCAGAGUGGAAGAGUUUGGCCUGAAGAAGAUGUGGAAGAGCCCCAACGGUACCAUCAGAAACAUCCUGGGUGGCACCGUCUUCCGUGAGCCAAUCAUCUGCCAGAACAUUCCCCGACUGGUCCCGGGCUGGACGCAGCCCAUCACCAUCGGCAGACACGCCUUCGGCGAUCAGUACAGAGCAACUGAUUUCGUGGUGGACCAGCCCGGAAAGUUCAAGAUCAUCUUCUCACCCGCCGACGGCAGCGCAGGCAAAGAGUGGGAGGUGUACGACUUCCCCGCAGGCGGCUGUGGCAUGGGAAUGUACAACACCGACGAGUCCAUCACCGGCUUCGCUCACAGCUGCUUCCAGUACGCCAUCAACAAGAAGUGGCCGCUGUACAUGAGCACCAAGAACACCAUUCUGAAGGCCUACGACGGCCGCUUCAAGGACAUCUUCGAGGACAUCUUUCAGAAGCACUACAAGCCGGAGUUCGACAAGCUGAAGAUCUGGUACGAGCACAGGCUCAUCGACGACAUGGUCGCCCAGGUUCUCAAGUCCUCCGGGGCCUUCGUGUGGGCCUGCAAGAACUAUGACGGAGACGUUCAGUCCGAUAUCCUGGCACAAGGGUUUGGCUCUCUGGGACUCAUGACGUCUGUCCUGGUUUGCCCCGAUGGCAAGACCAUUGAGGCGGAGGCUGCCCACGGCACCGUGACCAGGCACUACCGCGAGCACCAGAAGGGGAGACCCACCAGCACCAACCCCAUUGCCAGCAUCUUCGCCUGGACCAGAGGCCUGGAGCAUCGUGGGAAGCUGGAUGGAAACCCUGACCUCAUCAAGUUCUCCCAGACCCUGGAGAGGGUGUGUGUGGAGACUGUGGAGAGCGGAACCAUGACCAAGGAUCUGGCUGGCUGCAUCCACGGACUGUCCAAUGUCAAGCUGAACGAGCACUACGUCAACACCACAGACUUCCUGGACGCCAUCAAGACGAACCUUGACAAGGCCCUUGGCAAGUGAAGGAUGAUGAGCACCGUCGGCCUGGAGGUGGCGCUGUCACAUUGUUUUUGUACCUCAUUUUUAACUUAAAAAAAGGUCAUUCAAUUCCCAUACAUUUUAUCUGAAGGGCACGUAACGUACCGUCUCUAUAGAGUGUAGCGUUCUGUUAGUCGAUGUUACUCGAGGGCGUCCCUUCAGACCGAUCCCUCCUUUGGAAAAUAAAUAAUCUGUCCCAUAUUUACAAGGUUUUAUUUUUGUAAUGUGAAGUACUGUAUUCAUUCUUCUGUAAAGCCUUGAGCCAGACUGAAGCCUGUCAAAUGCACUUGUCAAUAAACUUAGCUUGACCCACUG